ACACUUGCUUGCUUGUAUGUCAUGUUAAAUCAAUCAUUGUUUAAUUUUUUUAUAACUUACAUCCCUUUAUUUUGUGUUAUAGAGAUUUACAUGUUGAACUAGGAGUAAAGAAUGUCAGAAUGUACUGAAGACCACAACACAGGUGAUGAUGGUGUAAGGGGGGUAACUCUGACCUCUAGUGGGAGUGAAAAAUGUGGAAUAGAGCAUCCUUCAGAGAAAGGGGAUUAUUGUCAAAAUUUGAAGACCAACCAGUUCAAACCCCUAGAUAUAACUGGUCAUGAUAAAGAUGCAUUGUCUGGUCAAAUUGAAAACCUGUCUCCAGCAACUAGAGGAAAACUACAGAUAAUCAUAGAGAGUCUUAGUAACCACUCAGCUGUGGUAGGUGAAGAUGAAAGGGGACGACCAACUGUACAGUACAGCCAGAAACAGAAACUGUACUGGGAUGCUUCAAAUGCAAACAAGAUUGCUGCUCCAAAAUCAGAACAAGAUCUGAAAGCAAAAAUGUCUGUCUGUCUGGAAAUGUUAGAAUACCUCAAAGUAACAAAAUCACCAUCAGGAAUUCUUCUUGACAAAACUAAGAUUCAGACAGACAAAGGACAAUAUAGAGAGGGUAUAGAGUUUGAGAAGACAAAGCAAAUCUUAGGCAGAGGAAAUUCAGCAGGAGAUAUCGUAGUUAUAAAAGACAAAGAGACAGAAAUAGAGCAUGCUCAAAAAACAAUUAUGAUCUCAGUUUUCCGUCCCGAGGAGAUAAAAGCGUGGGUGGAUCUAAGUGAAGAUGGAAUCAGCCCAGAACUUUACUUGUUCAGACUGGAGGGUAACAGGAUAGUAGUUCACAUGGAAAAGUUAGAUAAUGCUGUCACUUUAAAUGAGGUGAUAGACGUCCACAUGAACACUCUGAUGCAGACAAAUAGUUCCCUGGUUAAGCCUUUCUCUCUGUUUGUAUUUAACAACAUCCUUAGUGUGGUACAGUCCAUGCAUGAAAAGGGUUGGACUCACAGAGACCUUCACUCUGGGAAUGUAAUGAUACAGAAAAAGUCUGACUGUGAAGUGAAAGUGAAAGUACUAGACUUUGGGAAUGCUGGGAGAAUAGAAGAUAAGGGUGGAUAUGCUGGAAUCAAGUCCGACGUCCUUAAUGCUGUCAGGAACUUCAGUGCAUUGUAUCUUGGAGAAGAAUUUGAAAGUCAAACUGACCUUGAAGAAAACUGGAAACAGAAAAUAUUAGAAAGGAUGCAAGGAUUACCGAAUGAAGAGAAAGCUGAGAUGUUCUGUUUAUUUGAAAGUGCCCUGAAAGUGGUUACAACUGAGGACCUUCUUAAUUUGAAGCGAACAGUAGAUGAAAUGAUGCAGUCAAAUAUUGAUGGCAAAGUUGAAGAGAUAAUGAAAGAAGUAGUACCUCUGCUUUUUCCAGAUGUGUUCUCUCAGAAUGAAGAAUCGGACACAGAAGAUGCUGUAGAUUUUGCUCCACCCAAUCUGGACCGAUUCCUGAGGCAGCUAAGGAGAUCCAUUAUGAUUGGAUGCUGAAGGAACAGUGUUCUCAAGCUGGUUUUAAUGCUUUUAACCUAGAAGCUGUCUUUCUGAUCAGAAACAAUUAAUUUAUUACAGUUCAGUUUUUGCUUUGGUCAAAUGAGUGGCAGCAGAUUACCCCCACCCCAUCCCCUUCAGAAAUCAAAAGCAUUCAGCUAGAGGUUUGUUAAUAUUCUGAGUCUAUUGCAGUAUUAUUUACUUUUGAAUUAAUUUCUUUGCUUAUU